AUGCCUAUGUGGUGUCACUUGUUUAUUCAAACCCUUACCGGGGCUGCUCGCGCCUGGUUCGACAGCCUUCCACCAGGGAAGAUCAAAUCAUGGGUAGAUUUCAAGACACAGUUUUUGAGCUACUUCAGCCAACAACGACGCUACCAGUGCGACACUGCUGAGGUAGAAGAUAUCUGGCGAAGGGAUGGUGAAGGUCUGGAAGAUUUCAUCACCCGUUUUAACAGGGAAUGUUUGGAGAUAGGCGGCGUAAGCGAACAACUCAUGCGUUGUCAUUUAAAGAAAGCCAUUCGCUGUGAUAGUCUCAUCAGAACUAUCACAGGCAAAGACGGAAUGCCAAAAGAAUGGGAUAAACUCAUGGAAGCCGCAAAAAUUGUUGCGCAAACCGAAGAAUCACUCGCUGGGAACAAAAGUUAUCACUCUGAAGAUCGAUUCUCCAGAGGGAACACGCGCGACAACAACAGGCGCAACAGAUACAAGGGUAACGAUUGGAAGUCUGGGAGAUCAAGGGGCCAUGAUGAAAGGCCACGCUAUAGAGAGGACGCGCGUGAAACAAUAGACUGGAUCGGUUACAGGAAAGCAGUUAAAGAUGAUAAUCGUGACAAGCACUGGACUCCGCUCAUAAAAACGUCAAAAGAGGUACUGAUGACGGAGAACCAUGAUUUCAAGGCUCCCAGACCAAUGACAAACAAGAAGGGGCAAGACCCCAACUUGUACUGUGAUUUUCAUAAAGACUCAGGGCACUUGACCGAUGAUUGCUAUAGUUUGCGCCAAGAGAUCGAAAGAGCGCUUAAAAGUGGUAAGCUAAGCCACUUGGUGAAGAACGUGUGCAAAGAAACUCGUCAGCUCCAGCGCCAUGACGAAGGAAAUCACAAGAAAGUCCGACGCUUAGAGACCCACAUGGUCAACGGACCGAGAUACAGCGCAAAAGAGAAAGGCAAGCGCCCCUAUGAGCCUUCUUGGCAAGAGCAACAGGUCAUUUUCCCGGUAGUGCGCGGCGGUCCUCGCGCCACAUGA